AUGAAUGAGAAAAAGUUGGUACAGAAUUUCAAGAGCUACAUCAAUGUUUCUUCCGUGGGUAAUGGAGAAAAGAAUGGUUCUGUCCGUGACUUGAAGCCUAAGUUAUUGAAUGGGGAAAUGAUCGUAGGAACGGCUCACAGUGUGGUGAUGCUGACACCACUUGGGGAACUUGAGCGAGGAAGGUUUGGCGCCCUUUUCGUCACCAAUUAUAAGCUUUCGUUUGUGCCACUAGACUCUUCGCCCAAUGAUGAAUAUGGACAAAGAAAUAACUUAGUUGGUGUGUUCGAUGUUCCCUUAACGUGUGUCGGAGCUCUGUGGUUAACGGACGGAGGGACAACGCGACGGAGACGCCUCAUGCCCAGAACUGAUAUUCCCGUGAAGCUUAAAGGCAUACAACUUGUUUGUAAGAAUAUGAAAGUCAUAUCUUUCAACUUCGCGAACUCCCCACUCGGCACCGCGCGUCAAGUCGUGAUGGCGUUGCUCCACCAUGCGUUUCCAAAACGGCACGAUCUGUUAUUCGCCUUCGAGUACAGAGAGCCCUAUUACCCAACGUUGCCGUCAGACAUGAACAUGUUCCACCGACCGGCCGAUUGGAAGAGAGAGCUGGAGAGAUGCGAGUGUCCCCAUUGGAGGAUCACGUGUAUCAAUGGGACAUCGGACGCCUUCAUGUUGACGGCUGGAGAAACUUUGAUAGUACCCAGUUCGGUUUUAGAUUACAAUUUGAUGGAGAGUGCGAGGCACUUUCGGUCGGGACGAGUUCCGGUCUGGGUUUGGGGAAGGGCGGAAGGCGCGGCGUUGUUGAGGAGCGGGGAGCUGUUGCCUACGGAAUUGUCGGCCACGGCAGAAAGUGUACUUUUGGAACAGGUCCGGCGGUCGCACCCCAAACUGACGCCGCCGUACGUGAUCUACCUUUGCGGAAAUAGUUAUACAAAUAGUAGUAGUGCCAACGUGCUACCUUCGCUAGCGAUGCUAAAUUCCUCAUACAAGAAAUUAGCAGAUCUGUGUACUCCGAACACGCUUUCACAGUUUUGGAUGCAAGACUCCCAGUACUAUUCGAUACUGGAAUCAAGCCGAUGGCUGCGGUACGUGUGCAACUGCAUCACGUUCGCGGACGACGCCGCGAGGCAUAUCGUUGAUAAUGUCACUGUUGUGCUGCAGGAAGGUGACGGUGUAGACUACUGCGCUGUGGUAUCCUGCAUCACCCAACUACUGUUGGACCCGCAUUUUAGGACCCUUUCAGGGUUCCAGUCCCUUAUUCAAAAGGAGUGGUUGGCGCUCGGACAUCCCUUCUGUGACAGAUUCGGCCUGCCACGCCCCGGAACCACAAAAGAAGACAUGGACAAAUCUCCUCCAUCACAAAGUGCUCCUGUCUUUCUUCUCUUUCUGGAUUGUGUGUGGCAGCUGCAAAGCCAGUUUCCCUCGGCCUUCCAGUUUACGGAGACCUACCUCACGACGCUCUGGGACGCUGCGAAUAAUCAUCUCUUCGACACCUUUUUGUUUAACUGUCCCAGGGAUCGGGACUUGGCUGUUAUGAAGAAUUUCACCCAACGACCGAUUUGGGACUGGGCUGAACAAUUCAGCGAACAAGACAUCGCUUUGUUCUACAACCCCUUGUACGUUGGUCAACGGAGUACGACGCCUUCACAGAGAUUGUCAAUGUCAUCCGUGUGCAGCCGCAAAUCGGCGAGCGAGAACGGGCGCCUGGAGCCCUGCACCAACAUAGCGGCCAUAGAAGUGUGGUCACAGUGCUACGAGCGGUGGCUGCCUCCUCUCGAUGCGCCCUCUGCGGGCCGAGUGCAGUACUUCUUGUACAACUGCUCGGUUAAGGCACAGAUUCAAAAGCUAAACAGUCACCUAUCGUCCCUUUCGAUAAUGAACGAUCGCAACGGAAGAGAUUACGAGCCUCCGCCUUCUCCGCCGGCCGUCACCCGCUUCUACCCCUUCAGUCUCAAGACCGGAGACAGCGUCGCCCGGAGCCUCGACGCCAUGCAAGUGAGCCUCAUCGAUGCCACUCAGCUCUUGGAUUCACAGAGUCUUUUAAAUGCGCCGGAUUAA